GUCCGUUGUCAAACCGUAUUACACGACGCCAUCAUCGCACCGACCUCCCGACCUAAUACAGCAUCGUCCGUCAGUCCAUCCUUCCACCUUAUUGCCCAUUGUCCAUUCUCACAUGCCAUACAUAUACCCUAUGCUUUCCCGGAAUGACCGCGACCAUCCCUGACCUCAGCGACCACGAAAUCUUCAGGCCAACCACGAAUUUCCCCAACGAUGGGAUCCGGGAAGAUUGUUUUGAAAAGAUUCAAGGGAGGCCUCAUGGUUCCUCACAGAAGCACUCUUCAUCGCAAUACGUCGCGAUCCACCCCAACAAACUCACGGCGUCGCUGAACGCGUUCGUCCCGUCGGAGCAAGUGCAGUAGCCCAUGAUCGAGUCAUAACCACCAACAGUCAAUCUUUCGGCUUCUGUACAUGUUGAGUUGACGGUGAUCGUUGAUGCGACACUAGACGCUGAAGAGUAUGUGGCGGUGGCGGAUGAUGUAGCGGCGGUGGACGUCGAGCUGGAUGCUCCAGAGCAUACUGAAGUACACGCGUCGGUCCAUUGCGCGCAAGAUUCAGCGGUGGUCUCUGUGGCGUUGGGAUAAACCCCGACCCAGUGCGCGUCUGUACAAUUCGUUUGUUGCGCAACGAUGCGGGACACUGACAC